AUAAGAGAUGUCGCUAGUAAACAUAUUUUUGCAAACAUAAAUUUACACUGUGUAGAACAUUAGUACAUACAAGCUAUCUAUCUAAUUAUAUUAAUGAAACUAAAUAUUAUUUAAGCGGUAUGUAAUUGUGUCUUGAUAAAAUUUUAGGCAAAAUUUUAAAUUUUUUUAAAUACGUAGCUACGUAGAACGAAAAAAUAUCUAUGACAGUCAUAUGACUCUCGGUGACAGCACUACCAACAUUACCAACGGAAUCCACCAUCUUGGGGCAGCUGAUAUUUGUUUGAGAUAAUCGAAAUUAGAAGAAAUAUCUAAUUAUCAUCUCAAAAUGGGCUACUCCCUUAUCCCGAUCUUCGUUUUCUCCAUCCUUUGGGGUGUGGUUGGUAUUAUUUGCCCCAUCUUCGCACCUAAAGGACCAAACAGAGGGAUUAUUCAAGUGGUGUUAAUAUUAACAGCAGCGACAUGUUGGUUGUUUUGGCUGUGUGCUUACAUGGCACAGAUGAACCCUCUCAUCGGGCCCAGACUCAGCAAUGAAACCCUAAUCUGGAUUUCACGCACUUGGGGAAACAAAAUAAACAACACGCAAGCUUAAUCGUCGGACUUUAAAAGGCCCUGCAGAGGUUUAGUUGGGUGGUUUAAGAAUGUUACAUUGAUUGUUAAAAGUUACUAAUAAAUGCAAAUGCUUUUUAAAUUUAAACCCCAAAACAUAUUGUAAUAUAUUAUUAUGCCGUAUUUUAGUUUACCUCUAUAGUUCUAAGAUGAAUAAAGUUGAAUACUCUAUGAUGCACCGUUAAUCUGUAUUUGUGGCCAAUUUUUAUAAUCUGUGUCGAGGAGGAUAUCAAAUUUUGACUGCAGUAUUAUUUUCUUUUCUCUUCUUAGAUUCACAAAUCGAGCAUCCUUAAUUGCUCCGUGAUUAAUCCUUGUUUGCGAUUGAACGAAAAAAAAACAAAAUUCAAUUGAAAAUUUUGUCGAGUCAUUCGAUACUUAAUCAUUCCAAAGAAUGUUUAAAUACUGAGUCUUAAAAAUAAAAUAAAACUGUAUUGUAGAUAUUGUAUGUGCUAUUGAAUAAAUUAUUUCGAUUA